AAUAUCAAUGGCCAUGCAAAUGCAAUCAAUUUGAAUAUUAAUUUUUCUUAAUGGAAAUAAAUAAAGCGAACACAUGAAAUGAGAGUGGUUUUGAAAACUGCACUAUUGGCGAUUCCCAGACUCAGUCCGUGUAUUUUCUUACGCACACCAACCAUUUUUCUUCCUCUUCUCACUCGCCGUCCCGCCAAAACCCUUCUACGAACAACUACGACGUCGUUUCGUACUUCUCUGCUCGCGCCAAUGUCCACGCACCAAGUUCGCGACACAAUCGAACUCACCACACUCGAGAAGAGCAUCUUUGAUAGACUUCUCGCCACUCUCCGCCACUUUCAACUUCAAACUCAGCUCCGUGUCGCCGGUGGCUGGGUUCGCGAUAAGCUAUUGGGAAAAGAUUGUUAUGACAUUGAUAUUGCUCUUGAUAAUAUGAUGGGUACUGAAUUUGUAGAUAAGGUCAGGGAGUACUUGUUGUCCAUUGGUGAAGAUGCGCAGGGUGUUUGUGUUAUUGAGAGCAAUCCUGACCAGUCAAAGCAUUUGGAAACAGCCAGGAUGCGUUUGUUUGAUAUGUGGAUUGAUUUUGUCAAUCUAAGGAGCGAAGAAUACGCAGAGAAUAGCCGCAUUCCUUCUAAGCAAACGUUUGGCACAGCUGAAGAGGAUGCAUAUAGGAGGGAUUUAACAAUUAACAGCUUAUUCUAUAAUAUCAACACUGACGCAGUUGAAGAUUUCACUAAGAGAGGAAUCGCGGACCUUAAGUCUGGAAAGAUAGUGACUCCUUUACCUCCAAAGGCCACCUUUCUUGACGAUCCAUUGCGAGUUCUACGAGCCAUUCGGUUUGGUGCUAGAUUUGAUUUCACUCUAGAUGAAGAUCUGAAAGGAGCUGCUGCCUGUGAUGAUGUGAAAGAUGCUCUAGCUGCUAAAAUUAGCCGAGAGCGCAUUGGAACAGAGAUUGAUCUUAUGAUAUCUGGAAAUCAACCUGUCAAAGCAAUAACUUAUAUUUGUGAGCUGACACUAUUCUGGACUGUCUUUACUCUUCCUGCUGAGUACGUACCUGUCAUUCCAGAUGGAAGUGAAAGGUUUUGCAUUUCUUACAUGGAGAAUGCAUCGAGCCUUAUCCAUUUACUUGGCGAGUCAACCUUUACAGCUGAACAAAGAAGGCUCACACUUUAUGCUGCUUUGUUUCUCCCCCUUAGAAAUACCACUUAUAGUGAAAAGAAGGCUAAGAAGAUUCCUGUUGUCAAUCAUAUCUUUCGUGAGUCUCUCAAGCGAAAAGCUAAGGAUGCAGAAACGGUGCUUGACUUACACCGAGCGUCAUAUAAAUUCUUGUCGUUGAUUCCUUAUCUUGCAUCUGAUGAGGAUAUUCAAGCUGUCGAACUUGGUUGGAUGAGAGACUUGAUUGAUGUCCCUGUCUCUUCUAGAUCCCGGGUAAUAACAGGGUUUCUCUUAAGAGAGCUUAAAGAUUUUUGGCGAGUUGCAUUGUUGAUAUCCAUUAUGUUACAUCCCAUUGAUAUAAAUGACUCUGAGGAUGCGGACUCACACUUGGGUAAACGAAGAGAUCUGUUUAAUGCUGUGGAGAAUUCUAUAACCAAAUUAGGCCUUGAGAAAGUAUGGGAAGUAAAACCAUUGAUCAAUGGAAAAGAUGUUAUGACUGUACUACAGCUCAAAGGAGGACCUGUUGUUAAGGAGUGGCUGGAUAAAGCAAUGGCUUGGCAACUUGCCUAUCCAUCUGGAACUGCAGAGGAAUGCAUUGAAUGGUUGAGAGAAGCCAAUUCAAAGCGAGUAAAGUUGGAGUGAGGUUUUUGUUUACUGCCUUGGUAGCUGAUCAAUUGUCAAUUCCUUACAUGUCAUGGAUCGAGAGCAAAGAUUUCUUGGAUUGAGGAAUCUUUACCUGUUUGCAGUGUCACGAUAUGGGGAAUACUUGCAUACAUCAUGGGAUGUAAAUUGGCACCCGGGAAGCAUAAUUUAUUCACUUUACAAUACUUACUAACAGAAGAAAGGAUGAGAGUAGAUGUCAUCGCCUAUUUUUAUUUAUCGAUAAUUUGUACUUAUUUAACAACAUUUCUUUUAAGAAAGAAAGUAGAUCUAACUUAAAUCCUCUUAUAUUUUUGCGUAACGAUUUACAAUUGUGCUCCCUAGUUGGAACUUGAAUGAAGAUAGAGAUUUCCAAUCAGGAUUCGAGAGAGUAGACAUUUGUAUGUACAUAGUUUGAAAUAACUUAUUGAAGAUUCAAUCA